AUGCAGCUCUCUCUCCUCCUCGUCUCCCUCCUGGGCGCCACGGCCCUCGCCAAGGACCACCAAGGCGGCGGCAAGAACUCGACCCAGGCGCAGUGCAAGCGGUUCCUCAAGGGCGAGAAGCUGGUCCAGAUCGCGGCCAACGACACCCUCCUGGCCGAGAUCACCCAGAACAACGCCACCAAGAUCGAGAAGAUCAAGGCCAAGGCCGCCGAGGUCCAGCCCAAGCUCGACGAGGCCAAGAAGAACACGACCCUCAUGGCGACGUGCGACCAGGUCCGCGCCGUGCAGCAGGAGAACGGACAGUGCGGCUUCAUGAAGCGCAUGGACAAGCUGCAGAAGCUGGUCGCCAACGACACCGCCCUCGCCGCCAUCACCAAGAACAACCAGACCAAGGCCGACAAGAUCAAGGCCAAGGUCCAGCAGGGCAUGACCAAGCUCGCCGACAUGCAGAAGAACACCACCCUCCUCCAGUACUGCUCCGCCAGGACCACCCAGGGAGAGUGCAAGCAGAUGAAGCAGCUCAACAAGCUCGUUGCUCUUUCCAAGAACGACACCGCCCUCAACGACAAGUUCAAGGGCAACACCACCAAGAUCGAGAAGUUCAAGGCCAAGGCUGCCAAGAAGGAGGCCAAGCUCAACGAGAUGAUGAACAACUCCACCCUCAUGGGCAUUUGCCAGCAGCAGAAGAACGGCAACAAUGGCAACAAGGGCGGCUCCACGAGCAACAACGGCAUCGACUCCGGCGCCGCUGGCGUCCGUACCGUCGGUGCCCUCAGCUUGGCCGCUGUUGUCUCCGUUGUCAUCGGCUUGGUGAUGUAA